AUGAAGGCUGCUCUCUGGACCGCCGCGGCCGCCCUGAUGGGAUCGGCCAUGGCCCACGAACACCGUCACCACCAGCAUGCUGCCCUCCACCGUCGUGGUGCUCAGGCUGAGGAGUCUUGCGGCUGCUACACCAGCGUCGUCACCUACUGGGGUGCUCCUACUCUCGUCUCGGUCCAACCGGUCCCUAGCCCAGCUCCCACCACUACCUCGACCAGCACCACUACCUUGAUGUCCACCAGCUACAGCACCGUGACCGUCCAGGCAUCAUCUUCCUCGACUCCUGUGGUCCCUCUCCCAACAAACUCAGUGACUGUUUUCCCUACCCCUGGCACCUACACCAUCCCAGGCACCACUAUCACUGUUUCUGCCUCCACCGUUGUUCCUGAGGCAACCUCCACCGUCCUCCCCAGUGGUACUCACACCAUUGGUGGUGUGACCACUGUCGUCGAGACUUCCACCACUGUUGUCUGCCCCUAUGCUACCGUUAAGCCCGUUGGUAGCACCUUCACCAGCGUCAUUGAGACCACCACCUAUGUCUGCCCCUCUGCCGGUACUUACACCAUUGCUCCCAUCACCACCACCGUUCCCGCCAGCACUGUCGUUGUCUACCCUACCCCCGCCACCGUGACUCCUGGUACCUACACCCAGCCUGAGCAGACUGUGACCGUUGUGGAGACUUUAUACACCUACGUGUGCCCCUUCGCCGCCUCUUCCACUCCUGCUCCUGCCCCCGCUGCUCCUACCGCCGUUGCUGCCCCCGCUCCUGUCGCUCCCGCACCAGUUGCUUCCAGCUCGACCUCUGCUCCCACUGCUCCCUCCAAGCCCUCUGCUCCCUCCACUGGCUGUGGCUUGGGUCAGCAUGACAACUACGCCGUUACCUACACCGGCUACACUCAUGACACCGGCGCUUGCAUGAGCGCUGAAGCUGUCUUGGUUGAGCUUAAGAACAUCCAGUCCAACGGCUUCUACGCUAUCCGCAUGUACUCUACCGACUGCAACCAGCUGGAGACCGUCGCCACCCAGGCCAUUGGAUUGGGUCUUAAGGUCAUUCUCGGUGUCUACAUUGACUCUAGCGGUGUCAGCUCUGGUUCCAGCCAGGUCAGCGAUAUUGUCAACUGGGGUCAGUCUAACGGCUGGGCGGGUAUUGAGUUCAUCUCUCUCGACAACGAGGCUCUCGCUGACCACUUCUGCUCUGCCUCUGACCUCGCUGGUUUCGUGUCUUCCGCCGCGGCUACCAUCAAGGCUGCUGGCUACAGCGGUCAAUUCACCCUCACUGAGCCCCUCAACAUCUGGGAGGAGGCUGGAGCUACCCUCUGUGGUGCUGUUGACUUUGCCUCUGCCAACCUCCAGGCCUUCUUCAACGGCAACAUCGCCGCCCAUGAGGUUGGUGACUUUGUUGCUAACCAGGUUGAGAUUCUCAAGGGCAUCUGCAAGAACGAACAAGUCUUUGUUGGUGAGUCUGGCUGGCCCACCGCUGGUAACAGCAAUGGUAAGGCUAUUCCUGGUCCUGCCGAGCAAAAGGCUGCCAUGGACGCUAUCCGCAAUUCCAUUGGUACGAUCGCCGCUCAAUUCUCCUACAAGAACGACAACUGGAAGGUCCCUGGCUCCUUCGGUGUUGAACAGUACUGGGGUAUCAGCGAUAUGCUCUCCGGCGCCCAGUAA